AUGGACACACCACAGGACGGCGAUGACCCCCAAUUCAACUCGGCACCGUAUGGGCGGGCAUGUCUUCAAUGCGCGCGGGCCAAAUGCCGGUGCAUACAGCGAGGGCCGGGGUUGGAUUGCGAAAGAUGCCGUCGUCUAGGGAAACAAUGUGUGCCUGGUAACCCGCGGAGAAGACACAACGGACGCUGUCGUCCCCCUUCGAGGACUGCUCGACUAGAGAACAAGCUUGACGAGUUGGUCAAUGUGCUCCGAAAUCAGCGCCACCAUCGUCCAGGAGCCGGGAAUUUUGAUACGGCCACUUCAGAUUCCAGUCCAGCCUUUGACACAGAGGACCUCGACGCAGACCAUGAACGACGCCAUGACGCAGUCGCGCAGAGUCACACCCGGGACAGUAGGAGCAGGAACAGAAUACAUCCCCCACCCAUCUCUCAGGGUGCGGAUCGUGCCAUCCCGACCGACAAGUCAUCUUCACCCACAUUCAACUAUCCUAUCCAUCCGGUAUGCGAGUCCCAUACCACCACCCUCACGUCCAGGAGGGGCACUCAUGUCCUACCAGCCUUCUACUCGGUCACUCCAGCCGAGGCCGAGCAGUGUCUGGGCGUCUUCCGCAGCCAACAUCUCGAGUUCAUGCCCUUCGUGCACCUCCCCCCGACCGUGACCGCCAGCCAGCUCCGAGAGACACGACCCUUUCUGUGGUACAAUAUCAUGACGGUGGCGACGCCGGUCACGUCGCUCCAGCUGGCGUGGAGUGAAGCGAUCCAGAAGAAACUCGCCCAGGACAUGUUUGUGGAGAAUGAGAGGAGCGUAGACUUGUUGCUGGGCUUGCUGGUCUAUCUGUCCUGGUCACAUUUCUACAAGAAGAGAGGACCAAAUAUAUCUCUGCUCUGCUCGCUGGCCAUGUCGCUUGUCUUUGACUUGGGACUGAACAGAGCUUCGCGCGAAGGUCCUGGAGGGGACGGAAAGACCAUGGACGAAUGUCGCGCCGUGCUUGCGUGCUUCUACAUAACCAGCCAAAUCUCCUUGACCAUGAAGAGAAUCGACGGCCUAAACUGGACGCCCUACAUGGAACGGUGUCUGGAAACGCUGGCGACACAGCCCGAGUGGCAUCUCGACGGCGUCCUCGUGGCCCAAGUACGUCUGCAGCUGCUCUUGGAUGACAUCAAUCGUAACUCGUGGUCUAUGUCUGCACCAUCAUCGUCGUUGUCGCUAUUCUCGUCUUCAUCUUCUCAUACGACCGCGGCGGCGAUGGCGACGGCGACUGGACCUUCGGCAUUCUAUGUAUCUGCUAUUCUCGCGCAGAUUCGGGCUAUCGAGAAGGAAUUGACACCGGAUCUCAAGAACAAUCAUAUCCUCCUCGCCCAGCUCCGCUACACGGAGCUGAUCACGCACGAGACCACGAUCCAGCUGGCCGGACCUUUCAACACCAACAUUAACACCAAGCCCGACCACCGCCGCCAUCACGCCCGGAGAGAUCUUGUCGCGUGCCUCGGCGGGUUCUUCGACGCCCUCUUCGCCCUCCCCGCCACGGCCUACGCGGGCAUGUCCUUCCCCUUCUGGUGCCAGCUGGGCCAUUGCCUGUUGACUCUCCACGGCGUCGUGACCGUAGAAAGGGAUCUACUUUGGGAUGGGGGCGGGGACGCGGACAACCGCAUCGACCUGCUCGACAUCUGCGACCGCCUCAUCAGCAGUCUGGACGAGGUCUCCUCGCAGAGAAAACUCCUCGCAGCGUACACGAGCCACAGCACCGGCAUCGGCUACGGCGAUGGGGACGGAGAUUGUAAUUCUGGCGCUGGCCCCGGCGCCGAAGUGGACACGUUCACCCUCAGCGGCCGCAUGAUCCGGUCCAUGAAGUCGGUGUGGACGCGGGAGUUGGCGGCAAUGACGGCGGACGUAUCAUCCAGUAGUACUACCACUACCACUAGCAACGACAGUCGAGGAGGAGGAGGAGGAGGAGGAGGAGGAGGAGGUCAGAGGAAUGACAACGUCGACUGCGAGACGGAUGUACCGACGUCUACAACAACAGCAACAACAACAACAACAACAACAACAUUCGAGACACCCACUCUUGACCCCGACCACAUGGCUUCAUGGGUAGACGAUGAUGACGGUAGCAAUCUCGGACGCGCAUUCCUGACGGCAGAAGCAGAGUCGUCAUCGUCGUUCUUUAGUCCCCUGUUUAUGGACGAGUCGUGGUUUGUGGAUCGGGACAUGGCGAGUGCGUUUUCAUGGAGUUGA